CACCACAACACACCUAAGGGACAAUCCCUCGCUGUUUGGAAGUCGAUAUCGAAGGCAUUUAUCUGCGAUAUGUAUCGUUUUCCUCUAGUCUCCAUAAUUCUGACUGUUGCUAUUACAUUAAGCGUAUUCCAUGAAGCGAGUUGCGGUUCAAUUAGCAUUAAGCCCUGCCGUCCAUGUAUCAACGACUGCGACGACAACCCCCCAGAUGAGUGCCCAUGGGGUGAAAGCAGAGACGACUGCGGCAGGAGAGUGUGCUCGAAGGGACCCGGUGAGAGAUGUGGAGGAUACAGCAACGCGUUCGGCUCUUGUGGUGAGGGUCUAACAUGCCGUCCUUACGACGAAAAAUGCCAUGGUUGUUCCCUGAUCACCUUAGACUGUUUCUAGACUUAACCAUAAAUUGUGAUCUCAUACUUCCAAGCGUCAGUAUUACAACUUUGUUCGCCCUUUAUUAUCCACGCCAUUAUGUGAUUUAUUUGCUGUUAUACAGUGAAUGCAGAUGAUUCAAGUUCUGGCUGAUUCCCCACGUGAUAUAGUACUAAGUUGUGACUGUUAACAUUUGUUAGUAUUAGGGCUGUGGUGCAGAGGUAAAACCUCUACAUUGCAGUUAUACUUAUUUACUUGUAUAGUGAUUUGUAAUACACACUCCUUGACUUAACGUCCUCUUGACAUAAACAGGUAUGAAAUUUUUGUUGAAAUUUCGCUGGAUACUAUUAUUAUAUAAUACUUAUUCAUAGAUUGCGAGUGACACAAAAGGUCACUAGCAAAGUGAUAGUACUUGUAUAGUGAUUUGUUGGGGUGGAUGCCUUUUAAAGAUGUUUGAAUCUCUACAUAUAUUUAUUUUAGAUUUAUUUAUAGUAUAUUGACCGACUACAUACAAAUGAAAUUUGUACAUUCCA